ACUUUAGCGCCAGAUUACGGUUGGACGUGAAGUUAUGUUGAUCUUAAGAUUCAUUCUUUUGUAUUUGCCUUUCUGUUUAUUGAUAUGUAAGGCUGAUGAUGCUGCUACAGCACCUGAAGUCGAAAACAAGAAACCGUCAUUCAAGAAUCCAAAUAUCCCCAAAAAUGCUUACCUUGCACUGUUCUUUAACUCACCAUCAGAUAUUACUGAGAAACUUGUAGUCUCUCAGGCACGCAAAGAUGGUAUAGAUGACUCAAUUGCGAAGUAUGAUGGUGUUUGGUCUGUUGAAGUGCCAUAUACCAGUGCGAUAGAAAAUGAUUAUGCACUGGUCCUCAAAUCCAAGGCAAAACAUCAUGCUGUUUCGACAAAACUGUUCAGGCCAAUAAAGUUUGACACCAAUGAGCUUGUUAUCCAGUAUGAUGUCAAGUUCCAAGAUGGGAUCGAUUGUGGUGGCGCCUACAUAAAGUUGUUGAGUGCUUCACCAAAUUUGGACCUGAAACAAUUUAACGACAAAACUCCGUAUACAAUUAUGUUCGGUCCCGACAAAUGUGGACUAGAGAACAAAUUCCACUUUAUUUUCCGGCACAAAAAUCCCAAGACUGGUGUGUAUGAGGAAAAGCACGCUAAAAAGGUUGUUCCAGAACUGGAGUCAUACUUUUCAGACAAGAAGACACACCUUUACACAUUAGUUUUACGUUCGGAUAACUCAUUUGAGCGGUACAUCGACCAGAUUAAGGUUCAAAGUGGCAGCCUACUUGAAGAUUUUGAUCCUCCAGUUAAUCCUCCCAAAGAAAUUGAUGAUCCUGACGAUAAAAAACCAAGUGAUUGGGAUGAGAGAGAAAAGAUUGUCGAUACAAAUGCCAAAAAGCCGGAUGACUGGGAUGAAGAUGCUCCCGCAACUAUCGAAGAUGAAAGUGCCGUGAAACCAUCCGGGUGGCUUGAUGAUGAACCAGAGAUGAUUCCAGAUCCUGCUGCAGUACCUCCAAAAGACUGGGAUCGUGAAAUGGACGGUGAGUGGGUUGCACCACAAAUAAAUAAUCCUAAAUGCGCCAGUGCACCUGGGUGCGGUAAAUGGCAACGACCAAUUAUACCAAAUCCAAAAUACAAGGGCAAAUGGUCUGCUCCAAUGAUUCCUAAUCCAAAUUAUAAGGGUAUUUGGACACCAAGGAAAAUUCCAAACCCUCACUAUUUUGAAGAAAAGAAUCCAUUCAAGAGCUUAGCUGAAGUGAACGCAAUAGGUCUAGAAUUAUGGUCCAUGACUGACGGGAUUACUUUUGACAACUUCCUGAUUGUUGAUUCAAAGCGCGCGGCUGAUGAAUUUGCUCAAGAAACAUGGACAAUUAAAAAGGAAGCUGAAAGAUUAGCCGAUCCGAAAGCACAAAGUGUUGUGGAUGCUAUACGAGAAACCUAUAAUGAGAAACCUUGGCUUAUCUUUGUAGUUGGCCUUGUUUGUACAUUACCCAUUCUUUUAUGCUGUAUCUACAUGUGCCGGUCACCAUCCAAACAACAUGAUAUUGGUAUGCGCAAGAAGACGGAUACAUCCACGCCAGACGACUCUCAUGUACAUGUUAGUGAAAGAAAUGCAGAAACUGAAGAAUUAGAAGAAUCUGGCGAAGAAGAUAUUGUCCAAGUUUCUAAAGGCUCCGGUGAUGAAUCAACCGCAAAUAAAACAGGGAGCAGCAGAGAUAACUCCGGAGAGGAAACUCCUGAUGAAUCUGGAGAACCCGAGGUAUGACAUAUUUAGUUAGUCCUGGUUCUUAAAUGGCCCCAGUAUAGUGGUUACUUUAAAAUUGGUUAGUUUAUGUGGAUUGGUUAAUAGUCAUUCAAGUCACUUUCAUGUCUAUUUUAUUAAAUUUAUAUUAUCCAUUUCAGAAAGCGGCUGCAAAACAGUCUAUCAGAAAACGACGUUCACGAAAGGAAUAAAUUUACUCCCUUGGAUUUCAUUCCUGAAACACGUGUUCGUAUAGCUUAUAUAAUCCUAAACCUUACAAGCAUGUUUUCUUUGGAUUGGUGAGAUAUAAUCGUAAUUAUCAUCUCUCCCGUUAUGUUAUUUGUUACUGUAGUUUUGUGUCUCUUAUGGAGACGGUUUAUGUCUGUUUAUCUACUUACUGUAUCAUUCACUCUUCGAUAUAUGUAGAUGUUGAAUUGGCAUUACAUUUUGUUUCCAUUUUAUAGUUUUGAAAAUCUUGUUUCUUAUUGUCAUUUCGUUUCAACCCAGUGUUUUUUGCUUACGAAUAUGUUUUACUUCAUUUUCAUUUGAAGUCGACGUUUGUGUUUUACGAAUCAAUAAUUUUCAUUUUGUGAAUAAAAUCAUUCUCUGC